AUGGAGCCUGAGGAGCACAAAGACCUGGAAACAGUCGUCCGCGACGCUCGGAAGGCGAAGAAGGCUGCUCGCGAGAGCGAGGCAGUUCAAGGUGGGGACGGCGAGUCGUCUGCAGUUCAAGAUCUGCCUGCUGCUGGAUCGCAAACUCAGGAGGAAGAGGUUUCGUCUGAGUUCCAAGAUUCGACGGAGGCGAAUUCUGGGUCGCGGAUUCCUGAAGUCCCAGAGGAGCACACCCGCGAGGGUGUGAAGCCGGAGCCCGUGCAAGCGAAGGAGGAGGCGAAGAGUCAGAGUUCCAAGGUGAAUUCUGGGUUUGCACCACCUGAACCCAACUUUUCAGCGCCAAGUUCGCAAGCGGCACCCAGGAAGAAGCCUGAAGGUGACGUCCGGGAAGCUGCUGGGCCUGCUUCGGAACCGGGAGCAGCGGCGUUGGACACUGAGAACAUGGUGCUGUACGUCCGACAUGAAGUUCGACGCUGGGAAGAGGUGAAUCCUGGGAAGGUGAUGCCGCCAAGUGUCGUCUAUGAGUGGCCGACUCCAAAACCGGACGCCAACUCGUACUUCGCGGCCGCGUACGCAACGGGAGACUACUUCAAGUGGCGUUUGUCUCUGGCGAACCAAGAUGAAGCCUGGAUCUCUGAGUUUCACCCCGCUCGGUGGGGCGUCGGAACUGCCCAGGAUCUUAUGGCGACUACGAUUCCCCAGAAUAUCAUGACCGCACGCGAGUGUGUCGCCAUUCUACAGACUCUGUUCUUCGAAGCUGGUUUCGAGUUUGUCAACUUGAUUCCUGGCUGGUCUACAACGCGCGCUUCCAGGAUUCCAGAAAGCCUGGUGCGCUCGGUCAUGGAAGAAACUCAGAAUUUCAUCGCGGUGGAGCUGGUCGAGUGGAGACUGGUGAUCGCUGGUGUGCCUUUCAAGGUGAACCCUGAAGACCAACAUGCACCAAGCGUUCAAGAUCAAGCGCCAAGACUGAAUUACCGCAAGGAAGAUGGAGACGGUGAUCUAUUCAUGACGGACUACGAUGCGGAUCUACUGGGCCGACAGUUUGGCCUGAAAUUCAGGGUCACUGGACUCAGGAUUUCACGGAGCCCGCGAGGGUCAAGUGACGGUGAGCCGCGAUCCAAGCGCACACAACAUGGACCGCCUCGCCCGCAAGUCCCGUCGACGCCAUCUGCGCUGCCUACGCCGUCACUGUCUUCUCUUCCAGCGUACAAGUCCUCGACUACCAAGGAUGCCGCCCCAGGUGCGGUGCCAAGCGUCAUCGGCACUUCGCGUGCUUCCGAUGAGAGUACUGCCUCGGGCGCUCAAACGUCCUACGGCAGUUCUUCGUCUUCGUGGAUGAUGUCGCUUGGACAACGAGUUGGAGCUCUAGCGCUUGUGGCCCAGAUCAUCCCGCCACGUCUCGUGUCAGUCGACCAAGAUGACUUUGAGAUGGCAUCGUCGGUGCACUCUGACCCAGAGAUCGCACCCAGGAAGACCGAGUCAACACCAGAGUUCCGAGAGCGAGGUGUGCUCUCGACGCUCGACGAAUUCCAGAAAAUCAGCUGCGUCGAGCCGCUAGAGUGGAUCCAGGAAUCCUGGGUCAGCUUCGUCCGUGUCCGCGAGCAGGAGUGGCAGGUCCGCAUGGAGCAGGAGCAACGCGAGUUUCUCGCCGGAGAACGCCUGGAUGCCUUGGAGCGCGAGCGUCUCAGGGAACAACGUGACCUGGACGCGCGUCGCCAGAUCCAGGAACUCACAGAUCGCUUGAUUCACGCUGAGAUCGCCCGGGGAGAGGCGGAACGGCAUGCGCAGGACGUGGAAGCUCGCCAGACCCAGAGUUCCACUGAAACUCAGGGGAUGACCCAGAGUAUCACGGAAGCUGUACGUCUCGAGCGUGAGCACCUGGACGCCGCCUACACCGAGCGCUGGCAACAGCGCGAAGCCGAAGCCGACUCGGAGCGCGCGCGCUGGGUUUCCGAGACCUAUGCGGGUUGUAAGGAACAAAUGUCGACUAUGGAGCAGAAGGUUCAAGAGCUCGAAGCGGAGAGAGAGCGAGAGAGGGAGUCUUCCGAGAAUAUCCAGCGUUUCCACGCUGGCCAAAACCCUGAAGUUGCAACCCGACCCCAAGAAUCCAGUGGCGCAAUCAACGGAAACGCAAGUGUCGCAGGCCAGAGACGUGAAACUGCUGAUCCGAAGAACACUUCCGAAAUCGCCGCCUCCCAGCUGAGAGCGACCCUCGCGCAGACUUCUGCCGACACUUCCGGCAGAACUGCGCGCGGCAAGCGGGGACAUGGUGCUAUGGAGACCAAGGUGACGCAGGAUAUCAAGCUCGAGCCUGUAUCUCUGGGGAAGACGUCGGAUCCCAGGAGAACAGCGGCCUCUAAGGCCUCGCAGGACUUUAAAACAGACUCCAAGCGCUCUGCGCCCAAGAAACAUCAGCAGCAGGAGAAGAAGCGUCAGGAUGUCAAUCCACCCUCGGACUCCGACCUAAGCUCCGAUUCCAGCGAUGAUGACUCGUCCUCUGAGAGUUCGGAUGACAGUUUGGACGAGAACCCUGGGGUUAACCUGACUGCGGCCUCUACGGCUCAAGCUGGCACUACGCUCCUGACGUUCCGACCGUACAUCAACUCGAAUACUCUGAGUGAGUUCGACACUAAGGCGUCACUCAGAGAACGCGUGCAUUGGUGGGAGAUUUUUGCGAACAUGGCGGCUCAGGGAGGCUGGACGAAGUACCGCAAAGCGCGCUCGUCGUACUCUGAACGCUACUUCACGAUGGAGAUGAAGAACUCAGAGAGCGCCCUGGGUUUCUUCUAUCGUCUGAAUUCCGCCGCUGGGAAAGCUGACAUUGACUUUCGCAAGUCUUCGAAGUGUCUGGAGAAGCAUAUCCGGAGGUUGAUCACGAAACUCAGGGGCACGCGCCUCAAGACGUCGCUGCAGGGCCAGAGAUUCAGGAGUAUCGCUAAUCUAGAGUACGCUCUGGAACAGGACGAAGAUGUCUGGAGUCGCAGCGACCAUGAUGCUCCGCCACCCAGAGUUCGUGACUUCCGUGCCGCUCCUCCACCCAGAGUUCGUGACUUCCGUGCCGCUCCUCCACCCAGAGUUCGUGACUUCCGUGCCGACAACAUUCCCCAGGGACGCUUCAAGCCAAAGCGUGCAGGGCGUGCGUACUCGGAUGAAAACCCUGAAAUUCACGCCCGUUUCCAGGAAAUCAUGGACGAACCCAGAGUUUCAGCCCGAAGUGCGAGCGCGAAUUCAGGGUCAACUCGUGAGAUAUCUGGAGAAGAAGCUUCUACGCCUAGCGCUGGGAGCCUGGCGAGUAUGAAGGGUGCCGAGUGGACUCAGACGCUGACGAACGAGGUCUAUCGCGUGAUAGAUAACAUGGGAUGGCGUCCAUCGAACGCCCAACCAGGACCGAACGCGAACUCUGGAUUCCGUUCCCCUCGCCGCGAGAACCCGAAUAGGGACAAGUUCUGCGAGAAGUGCGGCAAGUGGGGGCACCCAGAGGGGAACUGCUGGAAAGAUGUGAAGUGUGAUCGCUGCCUGGAAGUUGGUCAUCCGACUCUCUUGUGUCGCGCGCAACCGUGCGAGAACUGUGGCAAACUACAUCUCGGGAAACCGUGUGAAGACUGGAAGACACUGGAAGCUGUGAAGAAAGUCGCCCGCCAAGGUGCACUGAAGGACAUGCCCAGUCAAAUCCUGGAUAAACUCCUGGAUGGCGAAGCAAACUUUGGGAGGCCGUCAAACCGAUAA